AUGACACUCUUCCAGCCAGCUGUCCUCGUCCUCUGCCUUGGAUGCACUCUCUUUGAGGGCUCCAUGUAUCUGUUCGUCUUCCUCUGGGCUCCCGUGCUGCAGUCUGUCCAGUCUACCCCCACCGAACUUCCCUACGGCCACAUCUUUUCAAGUUUCAUGACGGCCGCGCUAGCCGCCUCUCUCGCCUUCAACAUCUUCGUAACUGAUCGCCGGCUCGUUCGCCCUUCCGUGCUGCUGAUCAGCUUGUUGGCUGGAUCGGCUCGCUGUUUCAUUGCAUCGGCCAACCCCCACUCUGAGCAGUCUGCAUUCUGGGUGUUUUGUCUAUUUGAGGGGGCCGUGGGUGCCUACUGGCCAUACAUGGGGUACCUUGAAGUCAGGCUCAUCGACGACAAGACACGCACCCAGGUGUAUGCGAUGCUGAGAAUAUCAUUGAAUGUCUCCGUGGUGGUGUCACUCUUGCUGGUCACAAGGCGCACAGGGACAUUCAAAAUGGUGUUUUCCGUGUGUGGCACACUGCUGCUGGCCUCAUCAGGAGCCAUUUGGCUUGCCCUCUCGGCCACGAAUAUUUAA